AUGAAAGGCAGUCAUAGAAAUAAAGAUUAUUCCGCAGAAGGAGAAGGAGCUGGAAAACGACCAAAACGAAAGUGCCUUCAGUGGCAUCCAUUGCUAGCAAAGAAACUUCUUGACUUUUCAGAAGAGGAAGAAGAGGAAGACGAAGAGGAGGAUAUUGAUAAGGUUCAACUUCUUGGGGCCACUGGUCUAGAGCAAGAUGGUGAAACUGAAGAUGAUGAAUCACCAGAACAGCGAGCCCGGAGACCAAUGAAUGCAUUUCUCUUAUUUUGCAAACGUCAUCGCUCUCUUGUACGUCAGGAACACAGGAACAGGCUUGAUAACCGAGGUGCUACCAAGAUACUAGCUGAUUGGUGGGCUGUUCUCGAUCCAAAGGAAAAGCAGAAAUACACAGACAUGGCCAAGGAGUAUAAACAUGCAUUUAUGAAAGCAAAUCCUGGCUACAAAUGGUGUGCUACCACAAACAAGCCUGUGAAAUCCCCAACAUCCACUGUCAAUCCACGGGAGAAACUAUGGGCCUUCCCAUCUGACUCUUCAAGAGCCUUGCCAAGCCCCAAGAAAACAAAGCCUGAAGAAAUGCCUCAGCUUAACUUUGGGCUGGCUGAUCCUACUCAAAUGGGAGGCCUGAGCAUGCUGCUUUUAGCUGGAGAACAUGUUCUUGGUACACCAGAGAUAUCCUCUGGCACUUGCAGGCCUGAUGUUUCAGAAUCCUCUGAAUUGCGUCAGGAGUCACCAUUAUUUCAGUUUGCCGAGAUAUCUUCAGGUACCUCCCACCCUGAUGUUCCGUCAAAACAAUGUCAAGCAUCAGCCUUGUUUCAGUUUGCAGAGAUCUGUUCGAAGACUUCACAGUUGGGCGGUGCUGAACCUGUAAAACGCUGUGGAGAGUCUGCACUCUUUCAACUGGCAGAGAUGUGCCUGGCAUCAGAGGGGGUGAAAAUGGAAGAAUCAAAGCUAAUAAAAGCCAAAGAAUCAGAUGGCGGAAGAAUUCAAGAACUGGAGAAGGGCAAGGAAGAAAGAGAAAUGAAAAUGGAGAAAAUAGAUGAAGCCAGGUUCCAGAAAGAAGCAGAAUUUGAAAAAUCAGCUAAGGAAAAUGUAAGAGAUUCUAAGGAAUUAAGAAAUUUUGAGGAGCUGCGAAUGGAUGAUAUAAUGGGUAUAAAAAUGGAAGCUCCUAAAGCAAUUAAAAAGGAAGAAUUAGAGGAAGAUCAAAAAUGUAGUCACUUCCCUGAUUUUUCUUACUCUGGCAGUAGCAAGAUAAUAAUAAGCGAUGUUCCCAGUAGGAAGGAUCACAUGUGCCAUCCUCAUGGCAUUAGGAUCAUCGAGAUUCCCACAGCGUUAAGCAAACCAGAAAAGCUAAAAAAGGAAAAGAAGAAAACCAAAAUGGAUCGACAGGAAAAUGAUAAAUCCACACCCAAGAAGACUUGCAAAAAGAGGCAGUCCUCGGAAUCUGAUAUCGAGAGUGUCAUGUACACCAUUGAAGCUGUUGCAAAGGGAGACUGGGGCAUCGAGAAGCUUGGAGAUACCCCUCGCAAGCAGGUGCAUACAUCCUCGAGUGGAGGUACUUUGGAUGACAAACCAAAGGAACACCUGCAGAGGAGUCUUGUUAAGGUGACCGAGACAAGCUGCAAUGACGAAUGCUCACACAACCGAGAGGCCACGGAGACGCGGAGCAGCACCCCGGAGAUGCCCGCCGUGUCUGCGUUCUUCAGCCUCGCUGUGCCGGCCGAAGUGGCUGCCAUGGAACAUGCAUAG